CCGCGGAUAGCGUGGCGCGUCGCCCCCGUCAGUGUCGCCGCCGCCGCAGCAGCAGCCGCUCUCGACGAGGAGGGAGAGAGAAGCCGCAGUCAGAGCGCAACGAGCAUCGCGAGUGGCCGGACGGAGAGCGCGCGUUUCGGAGCGGCCCACGUUAGACGGUCACGCGGUCACGCCAUUCAAGAGGCUUGCAAAGGCGAACGACCGAACGAUCGAUCGAUCGAUCAUCCCAGCGAUCUCGAACGGAUCGCGUGGAUCGCUGAUUCGGUGAUUCAUUCGCGUGGUGACUUCCGGAACCGGAAGAACUUUUCUCGAGGGUGACAGUCUCGGUGUCAGUGAAUGGACCGUCGGUGUUUCGGCGAAUCUCCAGGAUUUCGAGCGCUCGCGAACGGGACGACGAUCUUGAGAGGAGCGAACUCUGAUCGCGAGUGCAGGCCAGCGCCGGCGAGAGGCGGGAGGGAUGGAACGCGCGUGGAAAAGCGGAGCGAGGGAGAAUCUGUAACGACGCGCCGGCGGCCCGACGCGCGUCGGCCUGAAAUAACAGCAGGAAUGCGUGCACAGUGAAUCAGCUCUCUCGUCCGCCGUUCCGUAACGAGCGCGAAUCUCCUCUCCGAGCGACGAGACUGGCGCGUGCCCUCCUCGCCGGCCCUCUUCUCGACUUCGUUCUCAACCCUUUCGCGAUCAGACGGUGUUUUGUCGCGCGUUCGGCUCGCGGGUCGGCAGGGUGAGAAAGAACAAGGGAGAAAGGGAGCGCGGGAGAGACGGAACUCGUGGUUCCCCUGAGAGCGGAUUGAGGAAAGCCAGAAGCACCAGAAGAGGCAUCGCAUCGUCGGAAGGAGCGAAGACUCGAGGGGCAAGGGGAGUUUUCGAAGGGGUUUUCUCGGAAGGGAGAUCGCGAGCGUCGCAACGUCGUACGGAAGUCCACCCAUGCCGCGGUCACACUAAUCGCACAUGCCUGGUGUCGAACGAGUCAAAAUGGCGACGAAGAUCUGCUGGGUCGUUGGGAUCCUCGUCAUUCUGGACAUCGGCCUCUCACAGGGACUUCCGCGAGGACGAAUCGUCCAGCUAGACGCCGUUAAUAUCGCGGACGUCGUGGUGUUCGUGGGCGAGAAGCUUAAUCUACGCUGCUCGCCAGACCUCAACGUCGAGACCACAUGGUGGAAGGACAACGAAACGUUACGUCGAUCGACUGCGAGGAUACGCGUGACGAAGCAGUUCUUGAAGUUCAAAUACGUCGAGAUGGAAGACGCGGGCGUCUACGGUUGCAGAUUGCAAUCGGAUGGAACCGUUGACUGGAGAAACGUGACCGUUCGCGUUGAGAAUCUGCAGAAUGAUGGCUUCCAGGACGAAGGCGAGGAAACGAGCGGCGUGAUGGACACAAUCAGACCGGAAGAGGAGAGCAAUGAUCUCGAGAUCGAAACCAGAAAUCUGCCCGAGACGCGAUCGUUGCAUUUGGACAGCGAGAAGAUGGAUGUGGACGUGGACGAGAAGGGCGAGAACGACACAGAGGGCGAGCACAAUAAUACGGUGCCAGAGAGCCCGCCCGCGUUCAACAAGACCGACGAGAUGCACGCAUCAGUGGUGAAGCCCGCUGGCAGCACGAUGCGAUUGAGAUGUCCGAGCGUGGGCAAUCCCAGGCCGAACAUCACGUGGCUGAAGAACAACGAGGAGCCGCGGCGGGACCUCGGCACGGCCAUUAGGACCAAGUGGACCCUCAGGUUGGAGGAUCUCGUUACGAAGGAUAGCGGCAAUUACACGUGCAUUGUGUGCAAUCAUCUGGGAUGCAUCAACCAUACGUUCAAAGUCGACAUAAUCGAGACAUUACCGCAUCGACCGAUCCUGACCAGGCCGCCACGGAACAACACGGUGCUUAUCGGAAGCAAUGUUAGUAUGAUCUGCCAGGUGCUGUCCGACGCGCAUCGUCAUCUCGAAUGGUAUCACGGUUACCACACGUCUCUCGACACCGUCAACAAGACCAAUCAAAGCUUACGGGUGGAGGUCAAGGCUGGAAUGGAAACAGAAAAUCCAGAGGAGCUGAAGCUUUACAAUGUCACCGAAAAAGACGAGGGAUGGUACACUUGUAUCGCCCAGAAUACUUUAGGAGAAACGUUUAGCAGUGCUUAUCUUCGAGUCGUCGAAACGCUAGACGAACAAAGAGUGCCGUUGACCGCGCGGCCGCAGAUCCUGGUGAACGUUCUGGCGGCCAUCCUGUGCGUUUUCUUCGCCGUGGGCGUCGUCGUGGUAAUAUACAUCUUCCAUCGGUUGAAACGCGAAAAAAUGAAAAAGCUGCUCGCCAUCGAGACGGCGCGUGCGGCCGUCGUUACGCACUGGACGAAGAGGGUGGUCGUGGAGAAGCAGAAGCUGGUGAACGCGCAGAACGUGGGCCAGGAGGAUCUGCUGAUGCCGGUGGUGAAGAUCGAGAAGCAGAAAUCUACCGUGAUCGCCGAAGAUAGCAGCACCGACAACGUGUCCGAGUACGAGCUGCCUUUGGACAGCGCCUGGGAAUUACCGAGAGAAUACUUUAUACUCGGGAAUACUUUGGGCGAAGGAGCAUUCGGCAAAGUCAUGAGGGCUGAGACGACUACCAACAAACCUGGACUACCCAGCGUCGUGGCGGUGAAAAUGUUAAAACAGGGGCACACGGAUGGCGAGAUGAUGGACUUGGUUUCCGAGAUGGAGAUGAUGAAGGUGAUCGGCAAGCACGUGAACAUUAUCAAUCUACUUGGUGCCUGCACUCAGAACGGUCCCUUGUACGUUGUGGUGGAGUUCGCCCCUCACGGCAAUCUGCGAGAUUUCCUUCGAGAUCAUAGGCCGUCCUCAGGCUACGAGCCAACGAUCGGACAAGAGCCGAAGGAGCGAAAGACCAUCACGCAGAAGGAUCUAGUCUCGUUUGCGUAUCAAGUAGCGCGAGGCAUGGAGUACUUGGCCAGCAGGAGAUGCAUACACAGGGACCUGGCUGCCAGGAACGUCCUCGUCAGCGACGAGUACGUGCUAAAGAUCGCUGACUUCGGUCUUGCCAGAGACGUUCACAACCACGACUACUACAGAAAGACGACGGAUGGACGAUUGCCGGUGAAAUGGAUGGCCCCCGAGGCUCUGUUCCAUCGUAUUUACACCACUCAGUCCGACGUAUGGUCGUACGGUAUUCUGUUGUGGGAGAUCAUGACGCUGGGCGGUACGCCUUAUCCGUCCGUGCCGUCGGUUGAAAAAUUAUUCCAACUACUUAGGACCGGACACCGAAUGGAGAAGCCGCCUUGCUGUUCGAUCGAAAUAUACAUGCUCAUGAGGGAUUGUUGGAGCUAUCAGCCGAACGAAAGGCCGACGUUUGUAGAACUGGUCGAGGACCUCGAUAGAAUAUUGACAAUAACAGCGAACGAGGAAUACUUGGAUCUUGGCCUACCCCAACUGGACACACCUCCCUCCAGCCAGGAGUCUAGCGAAGCGGAAGAGGACGGUGAGGAAAAAUUUCCAUAUCUGCUGUGAAUAGUGUGCUCUCGUCGCGGAUAUCACUUCGACUAGAUACUCGAAGUGAUCCAUACCGCUCGCGAACGUGAUUGGACAAAGUAUCGGUGCGAGCGAGUGCGACAGAUGCGAUAUGAAAGCAAAGGGACUGAUAGUGUGUGCGUGUGAGCGUGAAAUCACACGUGGGGAGGGUGAAAUCGACUGAACACGCCAAAUAAUGUACAUCAGUAUUGAUCUGUGUAGCGCGUACUCAUGUAGAAUUAAGCGCGAUAAUCGUAGAACGACACCGUGUAUGUCGAUAGCGCUGAGCCGACAGGCAUUCAUUGGACACCUUGUAUCUUGUGCUACGUUUUCUACGCAAAUCGUUAUGUAUGCUGCUACUUGUUUGAUUCAUUAACGGUCAAUCUCCCAUUUUCGGGACAUAACUUUUAAGACGAGAAACAUUUCAUAAUAAAUUUAAUAUUUUUUCACAAAACUUUUGGGCUCUAAUUCCCAAUAAAGAUUUGCGAUCGCGACAAUAAACUUAUAUUGUUCACGUAAGAAUAAGAAACAGAAUCAAACAAAGUGUUAUAAAAUUUUUAUAAACGUUAGAAUAUAAUUAUGAUCUUUAAUUAAUUAAGAGAAAUGAAGUACACACGGAGUAGAGUGUGCAACUAUUGCGAGGAGACUAUUUUCUACAACUAGACGCAUUAACGCAGAAAGUAAACAAAGUAACUUGUAUAUCGCCUAUACAGAUCUAUAGGUAUUCGUAGGUAGUAAUAAUUGUGCCAUGAAACAGUGCCUGAGGAAGGUGUCGGAUUUACAAACGAAGAGGAAUACAUCAUUGCGAGGGACGACGCGGCUGUUCGUCCGUAUACAGAUAUCGGAGAGGGGCGUGAUGAGAUGGGAGACAUUGCGUUUGUAACUAGUCAACUGUGAAAAUUGUAUGUUUCUCUGUAUCAUAGUAGCUGAUAGAUUUUUAGUGUUUUUACGUGGUACUAGGUUUUAGCGGACAAUGACCGUAGAUUUUGUAUCGCGGGCAGCGUGUUCUGUAGGAGUUUUGUAAAGAAAAAUAAUAAAAAAGGAGAAUCCAAUUAGAUACGUAGGAGAUCGAACAGGAGAGGAAACGAGCAAUAAAUAAAUGUUACACCGAAGCAGAUGAGGAGUAGCGCCGUUUUCGAGAGGAAAAAGCCCAAAGUAAGUCUUAGCUGUACCGAUUAUGAUCGCGAUAAAUGUAUAAACGGGCAGGAGGUGCGUAGCGAGUAGAUAAUUUAUUUCUCAUGUAUCAGUGUCUCAAUAUAUGUAUCCAGGAUCGUUUCUUUUUUUUAUAUAAUUUUAAGGUGAGUCGCUCGCGCGUAGCACUUUUGUAAAAAGGCGACAAUAACGAUGAAUUGUGCACUAGAACGUAGUUUUAAUCCGCGAUCUGUACAUAUCGGCGUUUAUUUAAAUAAAUAUUACUUGUUAUCCAGCGUCCCUAAAGGUAGAAUUAAUAAAUCAGCAUUUAUACCUAAGGCACAUAGAGCGUAUGUGUAGAAUGUGUAAAGGAAUCAUGUGCGAGUUUCGUCUCUAAUAAAUCGAUCGAUCUGUAUCAGAAUAA